UGCUUCUGUAUAUAAAGAUAUGUCUAAGCAUCGACUAAGGCUGCAAUGAAAACAUGGCUGCCAUCCGAGUCCUCUCUACAGAUACAAUAAAGGCACCAAAUUCAACUGAUGAAAAAAUUGAUCUUACUCCAUGGGAUCUCAAGGUUCUACUUGUUGAACCCACCCAUAAGGGUCUCCUUUACCACCAUCCUCUAGAGUCAAACCAAAUUCCACAGCUAAAACAAUCUCUAUCAUCUACUCUUGCUUUUUUCCCACUACUUGCAGGCCGUCUAGAAAUAACAGACCAUGAAGACAACACCAUGUCGUGUUCGGUCACGUGCAACAAUGCCGGUGUACUCUUUGUCCAUGCUACAACUGAGAACACUUGUGUAGGUGACAUACUUGGAUGCACCUAUAUUCCUCCCAUUCUCAAUUCAUUUUAUCCACUGAACGGAAUCAAAAACUACGAAGGCACAUCACAACCAUUGUUUGCCGUGCAAGUGACAGAGUUAGUUGACGGCAUCUUUAUUGGUUUUACUUUUAACCAUGUGGUUGUUGAUGGAACUUCGGCAUGGUAUUUCAUUAAUUCGUGGGCUGAAAUCUCACGUGGUGGUUGUUGCAAUCAAACAUCCAAACUCUCAACACUUGAACGUUGGUUUCCAGAUGGUAUUCAAUGUCCCAUACGAUUUCCCUUCACUAAGAAGCUACAAAAUAACCAAUCUGAUGGGUUGAGUUUUUCAUCAUCUAAUAACGAAAAACUAAAUAACGAAAAACUCAACCCAUCAGUUAGGUUAUUUCAUUUCACAAAGGAGAAAAUCUCUCAAUUGAAAUUGAAAGCCAACUUAGAAACGGGUACGAACAAAAUAUCUUCCCUUCAAGCACUUUUUGCACACCUUUGGUGCUCAGUGAUCCGUUCCGACCAAUUAGACCCACAAGAGAACGCAUAUUUUAUGGUCGGGAUAGGAGUUAGACAAAGGUUUGUUCCACCAUUGCCGGAAGAUUAUUUUGGAAAUGCUGUUGUAGCUUCUAUGGUUGCAAUGAAAGUUGGGGAGUUGUUGGAAGAAGGCGGGUUUGGUAAAUGUGCUUGGAAGAUGCACGAAACGAUUUGUUUGCACUCAAAUGAGAAGUUGAAGAAUGACUAUGAGAAUUGGGUGAGAAAUCCAAUCAUCUAUAGACUUGGUGAUAGUAACGUUGCCGAUUAUCAUGUGUUGGCUAGUAGCAGUUCCCAGUGGUUUGAUGUUUAUGGCAAUAAUUUUGGAUGGGGAAAACCAGUGGCAGUUCGCAGUGGAAAUAAACAAAGUGGACUGUUUGCUGUAUUUGCUGGAAUAGAAGAAGGUAGUAUGGACCUUCAAGUAUGUCUUCCUCACAAGAUUUUGGAGGCAAUGGGAAAUGAUCCUGUUUUCAUGAACUUUGUAUCCAAUUAACGUGGGUUUAAAAUUUGCAAAAUUGGUUUGGUACUAUUUUAGUUCAUAUUCUUGAAUUUGUGUGUUGUAAUCCAUAAUAAAUUAACGAUGUUCUAGUCUUUCUUUUGUUAAAUAAAACUUUUUUCGGGGAAAACGCUAUUGAUUAUGUUGCUUAUGUA